UCCUCCAUCAUCUUCUUCUCCCUUCCUUCUCUCUUUUCCUCUCACCCUCCGUCUCAACUUCUUCCUUCAUUCCCAUUCUCCAAAUCCCAACGAGGUCUCCGAUGCCGUUGAUUCAUUCAAUCGCUUGCUCCGUCAGCGUCCCCCGCCCUCCAUAUUCGAAAUUAAAAAACUUUAGGAGCCAUUGCCAAGAUGAAGAAGUACCGCAUUGCUAUUUCACUUUGUUCUUAGUUGGAGUUGAAGGAUUUCGCUCCAUGUCUAGUUUCCCUGAGCAUUUUAAUCAACUGUUACUGCCAUGUGGGUCAGAUGAAUUCUGCUUUCUUUGUAUUGGGCAAGAUUUUCAAGAUCGGUCUUCAAGCGGAUAAUACAACUUUGACUACACCAUUGAAGGGACUCUGUGUCAAUAACAUGGUUGGCGAAGCAUUGGAUUUUCACGAUGACCUCCUUUCAAAAAGAUAUUUUUUUGAAUGAACUUAGUUACGGCAUAUUAAUCAAUGGAUUAUGUAAAAUGGGGAAAACGAGGUCUGCUGUUAAAUUACUCCAGAAGCUGCCGAGACUUGCAGUGAAGCCUGAUUAGUUAUCUACAGCACAGUAAUCGACGGGCUUUGUAAGGAUGGAUUUGCAAGUGAAGCACUUUGUUUGUUUUCAGAAAUGAUUGGCCUAGGAAUAUUUCCCAAUACAGUCAUAUACAACAUUCUAAUUAAUGGGUUUUGCAAAAUCCAUCGUUGGAAAGAAGUUACUCAGUUGCUCAAUGAUAGUUCCGAAGAGACAUCAACCUGAAUGUUGUCACCUUUAUAUUUUGGUGGAUGCACUUUGUAAUGAUGGAAGGAUUAUAGAAGCUCAAGGUGUGUUUGCCAUGAUCAUCAAGUUUGAUCAAAAGCCCACUGUGGUUUCCCAUAACGGAUUAAUGGAUGGAUAUUGUAUGGUCAACAAUUUAAAGGAAGCAACGGCAGUAUUUAAUACGAUGAUUAAAAGCGGUAUGAGACCAGAUGUUUUUAGUUAUAAUGUUUUGAUUAAUGGAUAUUGUAAGAAUAAAAGAUUGGAUGAGGCCAUAAAUCUCUUUAAGAAAAUGCGUUUGAGAAAUCUGGUUCCCGACAGCGUAAGUUAUACUUGUCUUAUUGACGGCUUGUGCAAAGGAGGAAGAAUCUCAUUUGUUUCUGAUCUUCUCGAUGAGAUGCAUCAAAGUGGUCAUCCCCCUGAUAUAAUCACUUUUAAUGUAUUGUUACAUGCAUUGUGCAAAAGGCGGGAUCUUGAUCGAGCAAUUGCGUUAUUUGAACAUAGUUUUAGAGAAAAAAUCCGACCUACUGACUGGACCUAUACUAUUCUUAUCGAUGGUUUGUGCAGAGGUGGAAGAUUAAAUGAGGCGAGAGAGAUUUUCCAGUAUCUUUUGAUGGAAGGUCAACAUCUAAAUGUUGUCUCCUACAAUGUUAUGAUCAAAGGACUUUGCAAAGAGGGUUUGUUUGAUGAGGCAGAGACGCUGCUUGAUGAAAUGGAAGACAGCGACUGCAUCCCUAACAUAAUAACCUUUAUAACUAUUAUUGGACAUCUUCUUGAUAAAAAUGAGAAUGAUGAGGCUGAGAAGCUUCUUCGUAUAAUGGUUUCUAAGGGCUUGCCAGAAAAUUGAAACAAGAUGGGGACCUCUAGUGCUUGUUUAUUUCUCAUAAAAGUUGUUGGAUUCUGAUUUCUGUUGAUGUUCUGUUCAAGUCAUACAUUUAGUAAAUUUUUUUUGUCUCUGUGCCGUUAGCAAUGUCAAAAUUUUGUCUUAAAAUGGCUUUUUUCUUUCUUCUUAAUGGAGGAUUGCUAAAUUCAUUCAACCGUUUGAUAUGCAUCUCUGUGUUGCUAAUGCAUUAGUGUCUCAGAUUGCUAUGAGAGUUUUUUUUUUCUCAUGUCAUCAGUUUGGUUGAAAGAUUUCAAACUCAAUGGAACAAUACUUUUCACUUCACUGAAGAACAUGAACUUGUAUAUAUACUGUACGUUGAUGUGAAAUAAAGCAAGUGUCUUAAUGCCACAAUCUUAUGGUACUAGCAUAGUUCUUCAGCUACAAUUUUUGAAGUUUCUGUUUUGGAUCCUGCUUCUCUCCUCUAACCCCUCUCCCCACUUCCUGUCCACUAAUUCUAAACGAUGUUGUUUUGCUGAUUCUAGUAGAAUCUCUGCCAUUCAUUUUAUUAUCUAAUACAGCUGUUGCUUGUGGAAUCUGGAGAGAAGAGACCGAAUCAUGUUCAGCCCUCAUCAUUCGCCUCUUUCCAUUUCAUUCUGCAAUGAUGAAUUCUCGUUUCCCUCGAACCAUAUCAAGCCUCAAAAGUUCUUCAUCAUCGGUGAAUGUUCCAAGAUCUUCAUCGUCAGCAUCUUCAUUUUUGACUUAGCCCCCAUCGUUAGUUCAUCAUCCAGAGCUUAGAAAGUUGAGCUUCGUGGUAAGGAUUCAUGUUCGAUGGCUUUGUCGAAAGCCUUCACCCAUCCUUUAUCCUUGAUCCUUCUACAAUCUCUAUGGUGUAGAAGCAAAGCAAUAGCUGGAAUAAAAGGAAGCAAAAGCCGAAGCAAAAGGAUGCAAGAAGAAAAUUAAAACAAAAGGAUGCAAAAAGAGCUGAAAUGAAAUAGCUGCGAAGAGAUGAGCUGAAUUGGAUGACUUCAUUUAGGAGGACCUAAGUUCAUAUGUGAGCCUAUAUAUUUGAACCUCAACAAUAUAAAUGAAUAUCGUAUUGUCUUGAAACUGUAAAGUGUAAUAAAAGCUAUAUUGAUUUUGAACAAAAGUGACUUAAUUUUCCCUGAAAUCAGUCAUGAUAUGAGACCCAUCUUUUGUUGAA